CAAAAGCAUUCAUUCUCUUUGCGCAUCAUCCAGUCAUUCGUUUGAUUCGUCUUUAAUAUACGCUCUUUUUGUUGCUUGUCGAUUGCUACUUGUGUGUUGUAUCACUAAGCCUAUAUACCUCUACUUCAAUUCUGAUUAUACGCUACAUUUCCUUCAUUCCUUCAAAUCCCACAUACAACCAUUCACAAUGAUCGACAAAUCCGCCAUCAUCGUCUUCGUCAUCCUGGGCUGCGUGGUCUCAGUCCUCAUCGGAUACUCCAUCCACUCCGUCGCCACGGGCGGGUUUCGCAACGACGAGCAGGAAAGAGAUUUCUCCCACGAACAGCGGUCCUACAUGCGGGAGCUGCGCCUGCGCGACAUCAACUGGAUGGCACGCGAUAAUGGCCUGCGAUACAACCCGGAGCCGCCCCGCGAUCUGGAGAAGCAAUGAUACAUAGCGGUUGCUUAGAGGGUUUGAUGCAUUUUGGAGUUCAGCAUCCAGGUGUUUUGUUUUUGGGUUGGGUGCAGUGGGAGUUGUGUUGUCUGCUAUUUUGGGAUGAGUGUAUUACAGUGCAUUGGAUAUAUGAUUGUGUUGGACAUUUUAUAAGUUGUGACACUCUGUUAAAACUACCAGGUGGAAUCUUGGGUAUACUUUACCUUGGAGAUGGAGAGUAAUUGGUCACUUUUGACGAUUGUGACCGAGGUUAGAUGGAAUGACUCUGCAGUCAAUGGCCCUUGCUUGCGAGCGUUCACCCACCAAAUAUAGUGAGCAGUCCUUAUUUUAUACGGAGAGAUCAAGCUCCUACAAUCUGUCCGCCCAGUAUAUUCCAGUCUCCCUCAACCC